UUGUGAGAGUGAGAGUUACCAACUGUUUGGGCUCCAAUCCAAGAUUUCACCCAGCAAAAGCCGGACAAUCUGCGGCCAGUCACAGAUUUGGGGACGCUGCAAAAGUGAGGAGUCAGCAGUGCCGUGCCGACUCAAUCCUACUGCAAAUGAAAUAAGCUGCAGCGGUGCAUACAAAGCCGUCAACAAAGCGCCGUCUAAGCCACAACAGCAACAGCAACAAAAACAGUCAGCGAACGCGGAAAAUACUCACAAAAAGUAGCACAAAAAGGCAGCAGAAACAGGAGCAAGAACAGCACCAGAAACAGCUUUAGAAAAAGGUAACAACAACAGCAGCAGCAGAAACAGAAACAACAACAACAAAAAUAAGAGGAACAGAAAGGAGUCGCCAGGAUUGCUUUCUUGUACUUUGGACACACGUGCGCCGCGGCUGCGCCGGUGCCCGUGCCCGUGUCCCUGGGUGGUCCUGGUCCUGGUUCCAUCUCAACCAUGAAGCUGUCAAAGCUGUCCAAUCAGACGAAUUCCCAGGAUCCGCAGGCGGUUAACUCGCGCAUCUUUGUGGGAAAUCUGAAUACCUUUCAAUGCUCCAAAACGGAUGUGGAGCGCAUGUUCCAGAUCUAUGGCCGACUAGCGGGCAUAUCCAUGCAUAAGGGCUAUGCCUUUGUGCAGUUCACCAACCCCUUCGAUGCCCGCAAUGCCUGCCACGGCGAGGAUGGCAAGACGGUCCUCAGCCAGACCCUAGAUGUGAACAUGGUGGCCGAGCCGAAGGCACACCAGAUCGGUAGGAAGCGACAGAAUGUGAGCAAGACGGGAAACGAUUGGGACUACUUCUACGACAGCUACUGCUCCUCAACCCAGCUGCGGGGCGGAGGAGGCUCCAAUGGAGUGCGUGCAAAGAAGCGGAAGCGUCUGAUGACCAACGGAAACGGCUUGGCCGUGGCCGUGCAACAGCAGCAGCAACAGCAACAUGGCCAGCACCAUCAUAGUGCGGCCGCGGUGGCCGCUGCUGCAGCGGCAGCCGUCCAUCACCAGCAACAACAGCAACAGGCGCAGCAAGUGCAGCAGCAGCAACAGCAGCAUCAUCAUCAGCAGCAGGUGGCUGCCGUUGCCAUGGCAGCCAUGGCCAAUUUGUUGCCCCAACAGCAGCUGUUGCUGCAUCAGCAGAGUCUGCUCUCGAAUGCCGCCACCGCGGCGGCAGUGGCCACCACGGCAGCCACAACGGCGGCGCCCGGUGCCCUCCACUGGUCCCAAUACAAACAGGAGCAACAGCAUUCGCAUUCGCAUCCGCAACAGCAUCCCCAUCCGCAUUCGCAUACACAUCCGCACCAGCAGCAGCAGCAGCCCCAACAGUUUGGAUUCCAGCUGAAGAGCAGCGUGGCUGUCCAGGCGACGACAUCGCCGCAGAAUGCAAAGUCAGCAAUAAUUGCUAAUCAAACGGCGCUCGCCGACCAGUAUCCGGGUGGAGUCAACGUCGGUGUUGGGAGUGGGGCCGCUGCCGGGGUCUUUGCCCAUCAGCAGAAUCAUCAGCAGCAGCAGCAGCAGCAACAAUUGGGAUGCCUGCUGCAGCCAUUGACGCUGGCAUUGUCCCCACAGCAACCGCAGCCUCAUCAGGUAGCAACGCCCCUUCAGUUGCACAGCCAAUUGAUGCAGCAACAACAGCAGCAACAGCAGCAACAGCAGCAGCAACAACAGCAGCAGCAACAGCAACAUGCACAGGAGCAAUUAAGUUUGCAUCAGCACUGGGGACCUUUCAAAGUGUACAGCAAUCCGGACACAUUAAUCUGCGGCAAUUGCCGGGAAUGCUUCGGCGAGCUGUCUGAGUUAUUGGACCACAAGAAAAGUUAUUGCAAGCUGAGGUUCACAUGCAAGUGCCAGGAUGUUGCCUUUGCGGCCAGUGCAAAGACACCACCAUCGAGCGCCAAAUUGCUUUGCGCCGUUUGCAAGGAUGCCUUCGCCAAUCCCUGGGAUUUGAUGGUCCACGCACAGGCCGCACACAUGGUUAACAUUUACGAGCUGGGCGAUGAGGCAGCAGCCAAUGUCAAUGCCAACGGCACUGGCAAUGCCACCAACAGCGGCGCCGCCAUCACAGUGAACGUGAACAACCACACAGUGAACAAUGCCAAUGCAACUGUGGAGAAUGGACAUGCAACGCUGGUCGCUGAUGAGGCUGCCACAAAGCAGAUGCCUGCCUCAUCAACACUUAACAAGGAGCCCAAUAACAAUCACAAAAUUAGCAACAAUAACCACAGCACCAUCAGCAAUGGCCACAUGUCGCCCACAGGCGAGGCGGCCAUUGUUCUGCCCGGAUCGGUCGAGAAUGGAGCUGCCAGCGACACGGAGACAAACUGCUUGGUGGACAUCAAGUUCAGUCCCAGCCCCAGUCCCAAGGAGGUGCGUGCAGCGCUACACUCACUCGACAGAUCUGCUGAUGCUCAAACGCUUCUCUUGCAGGACCAGCAGCGUGACGACCUGUCGCUGGAUGGACGGCUGUCCAGCAGCUCGCAGCAGACGCAUCACUCGGACGACGUGAACAUGAACGGGAAGCUUCUGAACGGCUCGGUAUCCUCGCGGGGCAGCUCCCCAGGACUCGAGCCGGAUGAACCGACGGCCACACGCGCCUGCAUUGUGCGAACUCUGAGCAUUGAGACGUCUGGCCCCACUGCGGCACCAUCGGCGGCCACUGCCCUGAGCCUGAUGUCAAAUAGCCUGAGCAUGGCCCUGGCACCGCAAUAGGUUCAGAGAACUGCCUUUGGAUAGGGGGUGUUGUGUGGGGUUUAUCUUUAUCCGAUAUCCCAUAUCCGAUAUCCGAUACAAGUGCAAUUCUUCAGUAUUUUUGUAACAGACUAACCGGGCGGGAAGAGGACGCAAAUUACAUACAGCAAACAUAUCAUUUUAAAUUAGCUAUAGAGAUACAGAUAAACCCGUUGCAUAUAACUAGCGGUAGCUACAACAAUUACAAUGAGGUGUACUUACGCAUAUGUAUAUGUACAAUAAUUGUAAUCGUUUGGUCAUUUUUAUUUUUAUGUUUGUGUUGUUGUUCGCAUGUCCUUUGGGUUUAGCGUUUCAAACGAGGGUAUUUGUUUGGGGUUUCAGAACUGCAAAAGUGAACGUAUAGGUAAAAUUAUGGAAGGCUUAAACUGUCAGCGACUGUCAGCAGGGUAAAGGCGAAGAAGGGUGCAUGGACAAUGGGGCAGAUUAAACUGGAAACGGGGAAACGGCAACGAGCUUUGUAUAUAGUUAAACAGCAAUUACAAGGAUACAAAUUAAAGAAUCAUAAGAUCUUUGUUAAUGCCCAGGCUUUAAUUGUAAUUUAUAUAUUUUCUAUAUAUUUUAUUUAUCAAGCGGAAUUACCGUAGCGAGAGAACAAAAUUGAAGCCACGCAAAUUGUAUAUCAAAAGUAGUUGUAGCUACAAAAGGUGUUUCAAAAACAAACUCAAAGAAACUUGUGCGGCAGAGAGCGCUAUUAUAUAGUACCAUAAUCAAAUACGCGUAAACUUAAUAACUAUAUUCUGUAAUACCCACACACAUACAUACACAUACUCGUAUAUCAAAAGUAGCGGCUAUGUAAAUAGGAUAAACCUAUGUAUUAUGUACUACUGCUACUACUACCAGGCAACAAAAUUUGUAACUAGUAAAAGUAACAACAUUCAAUUCAAUGUCCUCCAGCUUAAGCAUAUAAACAAGCAAAUGAAAUGUAUUAAACAAAUGGAAAUACCAAAUAUAUACAUACAU